GGAAAUAGUAUUGAAAACAAACGUCACAUGUCAAUAUGUCAUCCAAACAAAAAAAAAUUAAUGGAUAGGUUGUGUAAAAGAAAAUAAAAAACACGAAAAACAAAUCACCAAAAGAAUGUUUUAAUACCUAUAAAUUACUCAUUUUUACAUUUAGUGCACUAGCAUCGACAAUUUUCCGUCCGAAAUGGAGGAAAAAAAGGUGGCAGAUUAUUUUGUUGUUGCUGGAUUACCUAAUGAACCAGAAUUAUUGGAUAGUAAUUUUAUAUCAGAAGGACAACCAAAAACAAGACAUAAUCAAACCCCUAUUGUUGAAAUUGGGGUGAUUUUCCCUAGUUUGAAUGAAAAAUUACCUGAGGGUUGGGAAAUUAUCAAUCAUACACCUUCAGGGUUAAAUGCUGAUUUGAAUCAUGGAAGUUUAAGAACAAAUGAAUCUUAUAUUUGUUAUAAACGUGGUACUGAAAAACCACCUUUAGUUGAUAUUGGGAUAAUGUAUGAAGGAAAAGAAUAUCUUAUGUCUGAUGCCGAAAUAGUUAAAGAAAGUGUAGGUGGUAAUGUCGCUAAUGUGAAUAAUUCAACUUCUCGAAUAUUUAUAACAUAUAGAAGAGGCCUUCUGACAAUGCCCUGUAAUGCUCUUGUUGUUACGGACAUAUGUGUUGUCAUAGCCAGUAAAGGAGAAUCUCCACCACAUGCCUUCUGCUGCAUAAAUAAGAAUUUAAAUAAGGGUAUUGUAGGUAGUGACGUUUUUUUAUGCUAUAAGAAGUCUAUGAACAAAGCAAAGUCCAUUACUUAUAAACCAGAAAUUCUGUCCAGGUAUCCAAUGAAAGAUUCAAGUGAUUUUCUCUUUCCAAAUUCUGUGCCUUUGUUCUGUUUGCCAAUGGGUGCCACAUUGGAGGUAUGGCCCAAGGAAGCAUCCCGUCCAAAGCCUGUUUACAGUAGUUUUGUAUUGACGGUUUCUGAUGCCAAACUUAAAAUCUAUGGAUCUGCUAUAACUUUUUAUGAAGAGUUUCCAAAGAAUCAGUUGACGAAAGAACAAAAAGAGAUCCUUGAAUACGAAGAUGAUUCUGACAAAGUACUUAAUGUGAAUAAAAGCAUUUGUGUGCUCUCUCACUGGCCGUUUUCUGAUACAUUUAUGAGCUGGUUGUAUUUUUUAUAUGAUGUUGUAUGUGGCAAUAAACCUCAACUAGUGCCUAUUGAAUCUUACAUCGUCCAACUCAUCGAUGAAGUUCCUUUCCCUAAACCAAGAACUUUACUUCAACUCUCCAUGCAGCAUCCAUUUGAUAAAGCUAUUUUUACACAACCCGAGGAUUUACCAUUGCCAAGAAGUGCAGCGAAGUUCAGGGAGUUGCUGGCUAAUUUAGGGCCUGAAAACUGUCUUCAGGUGUUAUUAUUGAUAUUGACAGAGCAGAAAAUACUGAUCCACUCCCUUAGACCAGAUACUUUGACUUCAGUAGCAGAGGCUGUAUCUUCUCUACUAUUUCCUUUCAAAUGGCAGUGCCCUUACAUACCUCUCUGUCCAUUAGGAUUGGUGGAAGUAUUACAUGCUCCCUUACCAUUUUUGGUUGGUGUUGACUCUAGGUUUUUCGAUUUUCACGAUCCUCCACCCGAUGUGAGCUGUGUAGAUCUCGACACAAAUAUAAUAACGGUAGCAGAACAUCAGAGACAGUUGUUGUCUGUGAAGUUGUUACCAAAAAGAGCUGCCAAGUGUUUGAAGGCAACACUGGAGGCAAUAUAUCAUCGUUUGAGGUUACAAACUGAAAGUAAUGAACAUUCGCCAGAUGAAAAUAUCGAAACAGAAUUUUUAAAGCGGAAAAAAGAGCAAGCAAUAGAGUUCGAGAUAAUGGAAGCCUUUGUAAAAUUCAUGGUGUUGAUUCUGAAAGGGUAUAAAUCUUAUCUUCUUCCGAUUACCAAAGCUCCUACCAUUGGUACAACUGAUACAAAGGCCCUAUUUCAAUUGUCCGAUUUUUUGAGAAGCAGAGAUAAGUCAAACCAGAAAUUUUUCAGUUUACUUGUAAAAACACAAAUGUUCAGUCGUUUCAUAGAAGAAAGAAGUUUCGUUGAUGAUGAUCAAGGUUUAUCAUUUUUCGAUGAAUGCAUAGAACUGAUGAGCGAAGAAAUGGAUGUAAAAUUGAUAGAGCAUGAUGGUGUAGUGAAAAGUGAUAAAACCAAUUUCAUAUUACCUCCAGAACCAAUUUUAACUACAGCAAUAGUUUACAAGAAUUUUACUUUGAAUGAAUCGCUGAUGCAAAAUAAGAAGAAAAGCCAUCUUUCUUCCGUUCUGAAUAAUAACUCAUUUUUACCCGGAUCUCCUAUGGCCAGAAGAACAAAUCAUGAAAUUAAAACUGCCCAGAAAUUGGCAAAAAAAUGUUCCCGUUCUCCAGACCUUUGGGCCAAAUGUUUAUGCGGAGCAUGUCAUACCCUGUACUUUAUGAUGUUGCCAAGCGUGUUGGCAUUGAAUCCAACUAAAGAAAAAAUUGUGCUCCAACAAGCCUAUGAGCUUUUAGUGAGGGCUACCCAUCUACGUUUAGCAUGCGAUGAAAUUUGCUACAGACUUAUGAUACAACUUUGUGGUGAACAUUCUAGACCACUUCUAGCUGUUAAAUUGUUAGUACUGAUGAAGAAAUUUGGCUUACAACCAAAUGCUUUAACUUAUGGGCUAUACAACAGAUGUGUAUUAGAAGCAGAAUGGCCAGCACACUCCUCUUCUAGUCAGUUGCUUUGGAAUAAGUUACGUAAUGUGGUGAUCGGAGCAGCCCAUUUUAAAUGGGCCGCAAAAAGAAAAAAUUUGAGAAAUUCCACAACUUCAAUCGAUGGAGUCUCAAGUUUAGAACCUAACGAUAGAACUCCAUCGCAUUCUUCCCUAGACUCUCAUGAAAACUUGCAAUCCGAAUCCUUGUUGGAGAAACUAGGAAGGAAUAUUUUCAGGGGUAAUAUUUAUGGUUCUUUUCAAUCGGUGAGCGAUAAUGUUGAUACUGCACCAAAUGAAGAUAAAGAAAUUGCAAACUGUUGUUCAUCGAAUGAAAGCUUCAUCGAACCUGAAUUAUUGCCAGAUGGAACAAAUGAUGAGGUUAUAAAGAGCGUUAAGGGUAAUAAUCUGGAUGAAUCUAAAUGUAAUAUAAUUGGCACUGAAAACGAGAGGAGAAUUGUCCACUCCAAUAAUUUCAGCCUUUCAUCUUGUUUGAAGUUGAGCGAUCCCUUAGGAGCUCUAGAUGAUGAAGAUGAACAAUUUACUGUUGAUUGCAUUCCUCAGGCAGUGUCGUCUAAUACUCAAGAACCCUCUAAACCGUUUAAUACUAACGGCGAUUUAUAUGAACCUACCACCAUAAAGAAAUCUGCCACCUUCGAAAAUAGCCCAACUAACAACAAACUUAUAAGAUCUGAGACAGUUCCUGCUUCGACUGUUGCUUCUAGUCUGGCUAGUCUAGGUUCGAGCAUCAAAAUAGGUUUCAGUACCACAAGUCUGGCGAGUAAGAAAUCCAACGAACUGAUUCAAGGUGGACUUAGCUCGAUUAAAUCGGCUGCUAAUUCUAUGGUGAAAAAGUUGGAUGAAAUUAAAGAAGCCAUAUCUACGUCAGCUACUUCAACGCCUGUUAAACAUAGAAAUGGAGAUAGUAGUUAUUUCUCCUAUGAAGAUGGAGCAAAUGAACGAGUUAGAAAGAUAUCAACAGAGUUUGAUAGCACCAAGGUUAAUUGUUCACCAAUGAAAGAUAUUGAAGAAAAACUGCCCUCAUCAUUGUAUCCCUGUCCUAACGAAAAACAUCCAGGUAGCGAAUUAGAUAUAUGCCUUACGUCCUGUUCACAAUGUCAUCAUUGCAUGAAUAUACUUUAUGAUGAAGACAUUAUGGCUCAUUGGUUCGCCGAAGACUCGAACCUCAACACUAUCUGUCAAAAUUGUGACAAACCAACAGUUCCCCUCCUAACAAUAACAAUAAUGGGAACAAAUUUACCUGUCUGUGAUCCAUUCAGUGUGCCGUAUCUUAAUCCUCUUGUUUUACGUAAAGAACUGGAAAAUAUAAUAUUUCAAGAAGGUGACCUGUGUUUGACAGAAUUUAAGUUCAUAACUGACCACCCUAUUAUCUAUUGGAACUUGGUGUGGGCAUUUGAAAGGAUAAAUUUGCAGACUUUCCUUCCGAAUCUAUAUUUGAAGACCAAAAUUGGAAAACGGAAAUCUGAAAACUGUGAAGAGCCGGAAUCUUUAGAUGGUAGUUAUAUGCAACCUGUUGAAGCUGGCACCGAUCCUCUUUCUCAAGAACUGGUGGUUCAAGAACAGUUAUCUAUUCCUGUGAGUGUUACUUGCUUAUGGGAUCAACCAAGAAUUCAUGGUGAUAAACCUCCGAUGUAUGUGUUCUGGGACCAUAGAGAUUUUUCUUCUUCAACCCCUAAGAUGAUGUCAAAAAUAUUUAUGCAGAACAUAAUCAGUUACAUUAGGCUGAAUGAUUUAACCGAACCCAUUAAACUGCUGGUCGCCGAAAGAGAGAAAAUUACGGAGGAAAUAGUUUGCAAUAAUAGAAUCCCUUAUCCCUUGUACAGAGAUAUAUUAUUCUUAGCGUGUAAAGCACUGGGUAGGGGUCAAGUUGAUUUGAAUAUGUUCGAUAAAGAAUACUUUUCUUCCUACACAAGGCUUACGGAAAGACCUGAGAACAAAUCUUUCAGCAAAAGUGUGAGAAAACAAGAUAAACCAAUUUGUUUGAAUUCGUUGUAUUGUAGGCAGUAUUUCAAACCACUGACUCUACCUUAGAUUGUAGUUAUUUAAAUAGUGUAGUGUACAAUGAAAUACAAUUUUUUAAAUCACCAGUUCGAGAGAAAUAUAAUAAGAUGCAAAAUAGAAAUAUUUUUGCAUGAACAGUAUGGUGUAUGAAAUAUUUAUCAACCGUUCUGUGCUACUUAACUACCUCUAACUAUAAUUCACACAAAAAAUUAUAAGCAAUACUGUACAUACUAUUAAAUUCUUCAUAUACAGUAUUUCAUGUUAUUUUUGCACUGUUAUAACAGCAGCUUUUUAGCAGCUUUGUUAAUUGUGGUAUCCUGCUUUGAAACAUUGGAGGAACUUUUGUUCUGAAUGGUUUUUAUCUUGUAUGCAAAAAUGUAAAGAAAUACUCGAAAUAUUUAUCAUUUAAUGGAAUAGAUUUCUAUAUAAAUGCUUAUUCAAAAGUAGAAACAUGGAAGAAUUGUAUUUCAUUGGAAUUUUAAGUUAUUCCAGGUGUCUGUGAUUUGGAAAUGUGUUGAUUUUCGACAGAAGUUUUAUAAAGAGCAAAGAUUUUUUUGCUUCACAAAAUUGCAAUUUGUUUUUUAAACUAAUAAUUUAUGAGUAGCAUAUUGUAUUUGACUAAAUCAUUUUUCAUUCAACAUAUAUAUUGAACCAAAUUUAGUUUACUUAGAUUAUUAAUAUUUGUAAUAAAAGUAUCAAAUCAUACAAUAAAUGAUCAAAAAGUUA